GUCAAAAUAACCAUAUUGUCAAUGUCAAAUAAUCAGUCAAAAAUGGGAAUGGGAAAAAUAUUUAUUUAUAUAGUUUAUUGAUUUGGAUUUUUAAAACUGAUUCUUGCAUUCUUGCAUAAAAAGCAAACAUUAUUGUUUAUCACUCGAAUAUUAAAUUAAAACUGAAUUGAUAUUAGAAUUUGCUUAGAACAUUAUUUUAUAAAGUCCCAAUUGCAAACAUUGAUACAUAAUAAUUCAUUCAAUAAAAUGUUAAUGCAAAAGCGUUGAUAAAACAAAUAAGUUUUUAACGGUACAGUGAUGGAGCCAGAUUCAACGACUCACGAUUGCAACACAAGCAUCUUUAGUAAAACUGAAGAAACAGGAACUGUUUUACCCUUUACCACACAGCCUGGCAAUCUACAGCUGUACAAGAACUUUAUAAAUAAACAAGGAGAUCAAAGGCUUGAGUAUCAGUUGGUGGAGAGACUGCAAUCAUGUGAACUUAUACCUAAAAGUGUAAAAUGUGUAGCUGAUGGUCCUAACUGCAAUGUUAUUUGUAGAGCAGCCAGAGUUGUUGACAGAGUGCAAUGGAUAUGUGAAGGUUGUGGCAAGACCCAGCCUAUUAGAGCUGGGUCCUUUUUCUUUCGCCUGCAGUGCUCCAUAUUACAAACAAUGCAGAUGAUACUGGCUUGGUGUGAGGAUGCGGAUGUUGAUGUGGUUGCUGCACACUUUGGUGUAAAACCGAAGGUAGCAACCCAAAUAUAUGACAAAUUAGAUGAGAUAGCAAUAAAGGAACAAAGUAAAUGCAAGUUGGGUGGCGAGAACAGUGUUGUUCUAGUGGAAAUGUACCCUGACUGCGUAAAUAGAUUGUCCCCAGACACUACGGACCAACCACAUGCACAUAGAAUACUCAUGGUUGCUGAUACUAAUCACAUUCCCACAAGUUAUUGGCUACAUGUUAUGAAAGAUGAUAACAAGAAGACUGCAAAUGGCUCGCUUGAUACUCAGGCAUUAGUGGCAGAGAUCGGGCACGUGUUGAAAGAGGCGGUGAUAGAGGGCUCUGUGAUAGUGACCGGGAACAACGUACCGGCUGUACCAAACACUUCCUCAAUACAGAAACUGCUGCAGCACUGUGACAUGGAAAUGCAACGAUUUCUAAGUACUCGCAUCUGGCGUCAAGCAGUGACUUUAUGUUGCGCGUCUCGUUCAAUCUGCAAUGGUGGUCUGACGGCACCCGCCUGCGCUACCCUGGUGCAGCGGUACCUGACUACUUCCUUAUACAGGCUGCGACACGAUGACGGCUUCUACAACAAAGUACUUAAUACAAUUGUUGCUGAGUACAAUAAGUUUGAUACAUAAUAACUAUUAAGGUAUAGUGGGACUAGGAGAACUAUUCAAAUAGAAGAAAAUUCAAUAUUCUUAUUGCUUUGUCUUUUAUUGCGUGAUAAAGCCAUUCUGUAUAGUAGGAACACACGAAAAGAUUUCGGUAGUUACUCGAGCGCUUCAGAUUGACGUAUGGAGAAUACUUAGUUUUCAGUUGAAUAUACCCAUCACAUAUUUUUGGGAGAUAGUGGGAGGGGGAGGAUCCUGUCAUUUUUUUAACUAAUUAAUUAACCUUUCGUAUGUUUUAAACGUACUAUAUUUUCUAUUGUGUCUCAUAAACCGACAUUCAACGGGUUAAACAAGGACAGUCUCGUCUGAUUAAGGGCAAAAUCUGCCAAUUUCCACCCAUAUCAUCACUCUAAAACAGAAGCUACGAGAUUCCUUCUCCCACCGAAGGACGGAAUUGCCAAACCAUGUUUUCUUUCUCCCUCCCUUAACGCACUUGAGUAACUGCUAAUUUUGCAUCUUGGACUGUCCUACUAAUUAUGUAGAGGAUUAUUGAUAGGUUAUUACCGCAAAUCAUUAUACAUUUGCUUAGGUAUAUUCUGUUACAAGUUCGUAGGAAUGACAUGUUGUAAUUAUUGACAGUAUUCCCAAAGUGAUACUUAUUAGAAAGAUAUUAUUUUUGAACCUAGAAUUAUUUAUAAAUUUGUUUCUUCUUGGCGUCAUUGCAGUUUUGGGUCUACUUGAGGUAGAUAUUAUUAUUUGUAAAAUUGACUGACGAUUUUGAAUAUUACAUUCAAUUCAUAAUAUUAGGAAAUGCACAGUUAUACUAUUAUACAUUAUUAUAAAACAAAAACACAUGAUAUUUGUGGACUUUUGUACACUUAUUAAUUGCAAAUACAUCUCAAUUUUUUGUUGAUUUAUGCAUCUUGACAUUUUUGAAUCAUUUUACUGAAGUUAUGUUUGGUUUUCUGUUCGUAUAUUUUUCUUGUUGUAAGUAUGUUACAACGUUACUUCCAACCGUGAUAGUUGCGCAACAUUAUUAUAUUGUUUGCGCAAAACUUGCGCAAGUAAAUAUGAAAAUAGAUUACACUCGUGUUAAGAUAUUAUUGUAGAUAUAAGUUCUGAAUUUUUUGUGCCUUUAAAAAUAUAGUCUCUAUAAAAGUGCCUUAUGUGUGGCAUGCACAGACGAGCGACUUUUGUCCGAUGGACUUAAAUUUUUUUACGAAGAUAACGAUUUAGUUAACUAAUUCAAGCACUUCUUCGUAAAAUUUAAAUUUAAAUUAGGUAUCCCGUGAUAGUAGAAAGUAUAAAGUGGUUUUUAUCCACCAGGAUAUUGUUCCAAACGGUAAACGUCCGUCUGUGCAAGCCUUAAAUGUGUUGAAUUUAUAUUUUCUGUGUAUGUUAAUAAGGAUCGUUUUAGUUCAACAAUUAAUACAAUUAUUAGAUUUUGUUAUAGAAAACUUACUAUACUCAGAUUUAUUAAAUAGUAUUUUUAUAUUAUUGAUUCUGUUACUUUUAUUCAUUCAUUUAUAAUGUUGAAUUAGCGUUGUGUGAAUAAGUUGAUAUUUCUAUUGUUUCUCUGUAAUUGUAAGGUUUCUUUCGUUAGUGAUGUGUGAUUUAAUUUGUCUUAUAUGAAGAGAAAGGGACAGCUAUACUUUUGUAGUUCUGGUUUGAUGAGUGCCCAUGAAGUUAAAAUUAAGGUUGUUGCUGUUGAUUUAAGAAAAGUUUGUAUACUUAUAAACUUCAGCCGGGGUUGCGGGAUAAGCGCAAUGUGGUUUUUAGUCAGUACGAGUCUGACACUCUCUCUCGCCUUACCCUGGGCGGGAGAAGUCAGGUGAUUUUCCCCUGACAAAAAAAAUAAUAAUAAGCAUUUAAAUCCUUUGUUUGCCACUAUAUGAGACACAUGUCGUGGUGGCUCGGAGAUUAAGGCCCCCGAUUCUUUUGCAUAAGGGUGCGGGUUCGAAACUGGCUAGUAUAAAUGUGACCUUUCAUUACCCAAAAACCUGGCUACAAAGUUCAUUUUGACUACAUUAAUACGUGAUGUAACUAUGAGAAGUUUUUCCAAACGUUUACUCAUUGUUCUCAAGUUUUCUUGUACCUAAUUUUGUUCAUACCUAUUUGUUUGCACAAAAGUGUCUUCCUAAUAUAGUCUAUAAUGUUAAAUAUAGAAAAUAUAAAAAU